AUGUUUUUAUCGAUAAGAUCGACGAGAUCAUCACCAAUAAAAUCAAAAAAUAAACUUCGUGACUAUUCUAGGGUUGGUAGCUUUACAACCGCAAGCUCUACAACCGUAACUGCAUGCUUUACAACCGCAGCCAUAAGUGUUGACGUUAUUCCGAAACGAAUGCCAGAAUUCCGAAAACUGUGGUGGGACAAAGGUGAAUUUAGUUUAUUGGCAAAUGGGAAGAAGCUUCGUAAGCUUCCGUGUGAACUUGCUGUUGGUGUCACUUUAGAGGAAUAUGAACGGCAUUCGGAGAAGUUUAAUGUUCGUGGAUGUUGGGAAUGGAUUAAUGGCAAAGUUAUAAUUUAUGAAUUACCUUCAGAACCGUAUGAAGUUUAUAUUGGUACAAUUACUAGGAUGUUAUCAAAUCAAACCAAUGCUGGACCUAUGCCGAUGAUUCUGCAAAAGAGGCCGACAAUUCAUUCAACUUAUCCAAAUGGAAUUGAUGGAGGAACUCGUCCUUGGCCAAAUCUUAUUAUUGAAGUAGCAUAUUCUGAGUCUACAGAUACAAGGUGA